CACUCUCUUGAGUCUUGACGCUUUUCUUUCUUUGGCUCAGAGAGAGAAACGGAAUCAACUUAUUAUUAGCAUUUGCUUUUUGUGACUGACGAAGCGAAAAUAAAAAAAAAAUGUGGGCAAACGCAGAAGGUGGUGCUCCGGAGGUUACUCUAGAAACUUCCAUGGGUUCUUUCACUGUUGAACUGUACUACAAGCACGCACCAAGGACUUGCAGGAACUUCAUUGAAUUGUCUCGCAGAGGUUAUUACAACAAUGUUAAGUUCCACAGAAUCAUCAAGGACUUCAUUGUACAAGGAGGGGAUCCCACUGGGACUGGAAGGGGAGGAGAGUCUAUAUAUGGACCGAAAUUUGAAGACGAGAUUAGACAAGAGUUGAAGCACACUGGAGCUGGUAUCUUAUCCAUGGCAAAUGCUGGCCCAAAUACUAAUGGCAGUCAAUUCUUUAUUACUCUAGCACCAUGCCCUUCUCUUGAUGGAAAACACACAAUAUUUGGGAGAGUAUGCCGCGGGAUGGAAAUUAUCAAAAGACUUGGCAGUGUCCAAACAGAUAACAAUGAUAGGCCCAUCCAUGACGUGAAGAUUUUACGGACAUCAGUCAAGGAUUGAGAUGUAUAUCUAUGACGUCGAUAAUUGUGGUUCUAUCACCAGUUCCAGCAAACAGUUGUGACUUGAAAUUCCCCUAUAUUAAGCACUAAGAUUUAUCCGUAGUGCCUGCUUUGACCUGUAGACUGUAGUAUUGCAAGAAUAUCUAGAGAUUCGGCUAUAAUGCCGAAUGUAGCAUCAAUGGAAAGGAUUAAGAUUUUCUAAAGUAAAGAAGUUGACAAAGUGAUAAAGUAAAGAGUUGAUUAUUUUUAAAUUAAGAUAGUUGGACAUAGUUCAAAGUUAUAAAAUCAAUAAUGAUUAACUUUAUUUUA